AUGGUGAUCGGAAUUGCAAUGAUGGCGGCUAUGGUCCCUACCGUGUAUGGACUAGGUGAAGCCAGCAACAAGGGAAGUCAAACUAAAGAAAAAGAGCAAGAUAAGAAGGGCCAGGAGGAAAUGUACCACUUGCUCACGGCAUGCAAUUCACCCUCCGAUUCCCAACAGCAGAAAGCACAGAUCCACAAUGCCAAGGUGUAUUUGGACAUGGAUGGGAAGGCCUACAUCAGCCAGCAUCAAGUACCUGGUAUGGUACCAUUUCACGGAUGCCUCUAUUCUCAUCCUGACUGGGAGCCCGGCAAUCUGGCCGGCCUCGUAACGGUCAGUCCUGAGACACCACCACAGCUGCGCUGGGCUUUCCUUGACUCGAGCACGCAUGAAGUAAAGUGGGGAGGAGCGAAGGACCGGGAAGGCCACAUUAGUGGGCCUUUCGGCUUGCACGAUGAUGAAGGAUCUCUCACGUUAAAUGGAAGUCGAAACUGGGUAGCAGUGAGAUGGGCUUCGGAAUGCCACGAAGAAGAGAACCCUAAGGCUACGACGUUAGGUCUGUGGAGCCUCUAUUUUGACGCAGGAGAGGAUCACUCUAUGGACCUACCGGCUGGUGCGGAAAAGAUUGAUAUUGAAUUAAAGCUGGUUCGAUAUCCCCAGAGACCCAGCUAG